UUUCAACUUUCAACCAUCUCCAUCCUCUUUUUAAACUUUCUUCUCCUCUUCUCCUCUUCUCCUCUUCCCCUCUACCCUCUACCCUCUACCCUCUUUCUUCAUUACCUCAUCGAAAGAUAUUCCGAAUAUCUUCAUUGAUUCUGGAAUUUCCGUUUUGUUUUAGCAAAUUGGAUCAUAUUGAAGUCCUUUGGAGGUCACAUUUUUCUUAUCUUCAAUCUGCCAUACUCGUCCCGCAAUUUGACUUUCACAACUUUGGUCCUUUUUCCUUCCAAGCCUUCAUACAUAUUCAUUGUAACAAGCAGAGUUGAGGACUUUACUGUCUUUGACCAAACUUGAUAUUAUUUAAUUGUCUUUCAUAUUUCUUAUCACACUACAGUCAUAAUAUUUAAUAUCAAACAAGCAAAAGAGUCCCGUACUCAGGUCGGUCCUCACCUCAAACCAUUUAUCAAUGGAUGAUACCGUUCAAACUAUUUGACUGCAUCAAAGAGACAGUGUCCGGUUCAAAUUUUGGCUUUCAAGCAUAUUAUCACAUCAACAUAAUCAACAGCCUGUGUCUUGAGGUAAUAGAAUUUAUCACCCAAAAUCAACUUUUUUUUUCGUUGAAAAUUCACCUCGGUGAAAUACCCAAUCUCCCAAAAGUUCUUGCGCCUCAUUCGAAAUUCAUUGCUUGGGAAUUAGGAUAGUGCUUGGGCGUUUACUCAACUUUGAUACCCCGUUUCCUUCGGAUACUUUCUUGUAUCAGCUAUCAUGUGGUCCUUGAAGUUGGCCCUGUUUGCAUUGUUUGCACUUUUUCAAUUUUCCUCGGCAUUCUACGCCUACUUUCCAGAUUAUACCUGCGAAUUAUACAAGAACUGCCCAGAGACAACCAAGAGAGCAAUUGAGGGUCGGGAGAGCAGUUCUGUCCUUAAGCUUGUCCAAAAACUUCCAUCUGUAAGUCCAAAGGCUCGAUCUAAACCGAUUUAGCUAAUUCAUUAUUGCAAGGCCGAUAUACCCAGGGAUGUUCAAAUUCACGAGCUGACAAAUCGACUUAUUCACAAAUACAAUCCUGGAACGAGGCUUGAUGCUACCAGACUUAAAGCACGUGGACCUACUCUUGUGAAGAAUGACGAUACAUCAUCACCAAUUGAAACUGCAGCAGUUCCUAAACAGACAAAUAGCGCGGGAAUUUUGCAGACUGGAACUGAUUUUUCCUAUUUUGCUGAAGUGGAGCUCGGAAGCAAUAAUGAUCCCAUAUUGAUGUUGCUCGAUACGGGGGCUGGAUCAAGUUGGGUUAUGGGUCCUGAUUGUACAUCAACUGCGUGCAAAACUCGUGCUUCUUUCGGUGCAGCUAAUUCUACAACCUACAAGGCGGUCGAUAUGGAUUUGAGUAUUGCGUAUGGAUCAGGGGAUGUCACUGGAACAUAUGCUACCGACACGAUCAGCUUUGCUGAUAUGAGUUUUCCUUUUACUUUGGGAAUCGCCAAUCGUACUAGCGACCAGUUUAACUCGUUCCCAUUCUCCGGCAUUCUAGGAUUAUCUCAACAGACAGGUUCGGUUCCCAACUUUUUACAAACAGUUAGUAGCUCGAAAGCUUUGAAGGCAAAUGUGUUUGGAAUGGACCUAAAUCGUGCCUCGGAUGGUACAAAUACUGGAGAAAUCAACUUUGGUGCUCCGGAUACUUCACGUUAUAGUGGUAGUUUAAGUUAUACCAGUGUCGCCAAGAACGGUCCAAAUCAUUGGGCAAUUCCUCUUGAUAACGUGGGAUUUGGAGAUACUCAAGCUGGUGUUACUGGAAGAUUGGGCUACCUCGAUAGUGGAACAUCUUAUGUCUUUGGGCAACCAUCGGAUGUAAUAGCAUUUCAUGCGCUUGUGCCCCAUGCUACUACCACAGACAACAGUACAUGGACAGUACCUUGUUCUACCACCACCUCUAUGUCAUUUACUUUUUCCGGGAUCACUUACAACGUUUCGUCGGAAGAUUGGGUAGGGCCAUCAGUGAAUGGAGUUUGUACUAGCAAUAUCUAUGGCGUAGCCGUGGUUGAUAGAAACUCUUGGUUGAUUGGUGAUACUCUUUUCAAGAAUAUAUACGCCUUGUUUGACUUUGAUCAAUCCCGUAUCGGUAUGUUUAUUUUCGUACCAGUUUAUACUUCACAUACUAAUAGUUCUAUAGGUUUGGCGCAAAAAAGUGUUACUACGUCAGCAACAGCAACAUCAACCUCUUCUUCUGGUGGGCUUACCUCUAAUCUUACUCCUACCCCUACUACACAAACUUCCAUGGAUAUUACUGGCACUUUAACCGUUAAUCCUACCACCCUUUCCCCUGGACCUGGAUCCACAAUAAUCACUCCCGAACCUAUCCCUAGCACAAACUCCCCAGGCUCUACCGUCCAAUCGGGAACAACGCUAACUCCUCUACUUCCAGAAGCAUCAUCAACAGCUUCCGUUCAAUCUUCUACAUCUGCAUCUGCAUCUGCUACUUCAACUCAUACUUCGAGUGGGAAUCAACUUAGAAGCUACUUUUCUCCAAUGACCAUUUUCAUUGUCAUUGCAACAAUUUUCCUUUUUUGAUUCAAUACGAUACCCAAGUCUGUCUAGGAAUAUGCAAAGAGUAAUUAGGUGUACUUAUAUUUACGUUUCUCGCCAGAAAUUGGGCAAGCAUAGCAUGGCAUGGCAUAGCGUAGGGAGCACUGGGUAUUUGGAGAUCGGAUGGAUUUAUAAAUGGGUGUCACGAUGACACAAUAGAAUAAAAUUUAUACAUAUAGAGAUGUCAUAAUACAGAAGACUUGUCUCGGAUAUAGUGAUAAUGGGAAUGUAGAUGUGAUUUCAAUGUGUGGGUAAAGUUAGUGGAGUAUGUAUAUAUGGUUGUUGGUUGUUAGUUGAGGUUUUGCAGAUGGUUCUACUGUAUCAAGGACAAGAAUGUUGAAUUC